AUGAUCUCUCACGCGGUCCCUGCGGCAUUUGUGCUUUUGGCGUGCUUCGGCAAAACCUGGAGGGCUCGGAGCGAUGCUCGGCAUCCCGAGGAGUUGGUCGAGACCUUCGAGGCCACGCAAAAUCCCACGGGGAUCCCGCUGGAAGCCUUUGGUGCCGAGGUGAUGCCGUCGGCGCGCUUCGAACUUUUUGAGCAAAGGACUGAGCCACACUUCCGGCUCUUCGUCCAGGAGAUGGAGAAGAGCCGAAACCCCAGUGGCAUCAGCUACGAGCAGUUUCAGAAGCUCCUGGCGGAGUUGGGCCUGGACAAAGCGAAAGGCCCAUUGCCGCCUCCCUUCAAGAAGGAGUCGCAGAGGAUUGGGCCAGGCACCUGCCUGGACCUGGAAAUGUGCAGCGGCUUCUUCCUCGUGCGGAAGCCGCUGAAGGUCCACAUCCGCUUGCUUCAGCUGGAAGAGCGCGCUGCUCGAGAGGCUGCAGCCAAAGAAUGGGCAGGGAGCCUCGCAAGUCCGCGGAACAGGUUGGAAGCCAGCGCUGCCAGGUGCCCAAAGAAGCUGUGCUUGGUCUACGAAGAUCAUCCCGGGCUCAGCUAUGAGGAGGUCUGGCGAGCUGUGACCCAAUGCGCGCGACACUUGGUCAACCUGGAGGACCAGGUGCUUGCUUUGGUGGCUGACCGCUCGUUGGGCCUGGUCAUCAGCUUGUUGGGUGUGCUACGCGCCGGGAAGGCCUACACCCCCAUCGAGCCUGAUUUCCCUGUGGCCCGCGCCAGUGCCAUGCUGGAAACUGCGGACAUCAGGCAUGUGCUGGUGCCCAAGGAGCAGUUUCCACAGCCACUGCUCCACGAUCUCUCUGUCAAGCCUUUGUUGGUCGACCUUGGCGGCGCGGUGUGCCUCGCCAGCGGCGAGCCGUUGGACGCGGACCGCGGCCGCCUGCCAGAGGUCCCGGACCACAGCACGGCAUAUGUGUUGUUCACCUCUGGCUCCACUGGAAAGCCUAAAGGCUGCAUGGUGCCACACCGGGGCAGCGCCUUGUAUGCUCGUGCCGUGGUGGAGCACUGCGCACUGGAUGAAGAGAUGACGUUCUUGCUGAAGACGCCGUGUGUUUUUGACGUCUCCGUGCAGGACCUGUUCACUGCAUUUUGCGCUGGUGGCACGUUGGUCAUCGCGAAGCCAGGCGCCCACAAGGAUGCUGGAGCAAUGGCAGAGCUCAUCAGCACCAAGGCGGUGAACUGCGCUUGCUUCGUGCCCACGCUGCUGGUGGAGUUCACGAACUACUUGGAACGCAGCCCGCAAGAGGCUCUUGAGGUUGCAAAGUGCUUGAAGCGUGUGCUGACCAUUGGGGAAGCUUUGAUGACGGCGACCUGCAAGCAAAUGUUCAGCUUCAUCCCAGAUUUGCAGAUCCACAACCUUUACGGCCCCACGGAGGCUUCAGUGGGCGUCAGCCACUUUGCAGUUACGAAAGCCACAGCGGAGCGCCUACCGACAGUGGUGCCCAUUGGUCGGCCAUUUGACUACGUCACCUUUUGCGUGUGCGACCCCAGCCGCUACCGCGAUGAGAAGAUCACCGAGGCCAAGCUGAUCCCAGCGCCUGCGGGGCAAAUCGGCGAGCUCUUCAUCGGAGGGGAUUGCUUGGCCACGGGCUACAUGAAGAAUAUGGAGAAGACUGAGGCUGCCUUCUUCCACUUCCCAGCCAUUUGCGGCCGCCCGCCCUUGGCGGCUUCGCCCUACAGCCUCUACAAGACAGGUGACUUGUGCAAGGUGGAUGCUGAUGGCAUCUUUCACUACAUGGGCCGCAACGAUUUUCAGGUCAAGAUCUCUGGAGUUCGCAUCGAGUGCGAAGAGGUCGCGGCAGUACUGAAGGAACAUCCGGUCGUCGCGGACGCCUUGGUCACCGCUUUCGAAGGUCCAUACGGAAAGGCUUUGGCUGCCUAUGUGGUGACUCCCCCGGCCAUCGACUGGUCCUCCUCCAAAGACCCUGCCUCCAACGAUGAGAUUUUGAACGUGAACAGUUGGGGGGCAGUCUAUGAUGAGAUGUACAAGGAGACCGAGAACAGUGUCUCAAGCCUGGACCCCACCUUGAAUUGGAGCGGCUACACGGAUACCUAUUCUCGGAGGCCUCACAUCGAGCCCGUGAUCAAGGAGUGGGUAGAAUGGAGCUGCCAACAGGUGUCAUCUCAGGCACCGCUCUUGAAAGAAAGCCAGGCAGCCGGUCGGACCUGUACCAUCACUGAGUUGGGCUGCGGCAAUGGCAUGCUCCUUUUCCGGCUUGCGCCAUUGCUCGGAAGCACAGGGCGCUAUGUGGGCACCGAUAUCUCCACACGUGCGUUGGAGACGGUGAAUGAGCUGAAGAGGACCUUGCCACAGUACCAGGACUUGCGCGUUGACACGCAAGCGUUGGCAGCCCAUGAGAUUUUGGAAGUUUGCAAGCCCAAGGAGAACGAUUUGGUGCUUUGCAAUGGCGUGACGAUGUACUUCCCCAGCGCCAACUACCUCCUGAAGACCAUGCAGCUUUCGGCUGAGGCCACCCGUGACGGUGGAGUGGUGAUCUUCGGAGACAUCCAAAGCAGGCGCCACGUGCUGCCCUUCCGGUGUCACGUGGAGACCUACCAGGCUUUGCGGCGUCAGGAUGCGACCGCCUUGGCGGUGCUCCAUGCAGCCAAGCAGUCGGUCGCGCAGGAGGAGCUCUCGUACUUCGACGACUCUCUCUUUCAUCAGCUGGAUCGUAGUGGGCGGAAGCUCUUCGGAAACCGGCUAGCCAAGGUGGAGCUGCGCGUGAAGCGCGGCUGGUGGCACUCAGAGUUCAACCGCUUCAGGUACGAUGUGUGGCUGGUCUUGGAUGAUGGCCAGCAGGCGGCGAAGCCGAGUCCGAAACUGCAGCAGGUGGACUACAAGGCCCUUUGUAAAGAACUUCAGCUCCAAGAGCGUGGCGAUGGUGCUACCGAUUUGGUGGAUGCACGCCUGGUCGAGAAGCUCGAGGGCUGGGUGUGCGGCCGGUUGUCUGGAGCCAGCCCUGAGGUGGAUGGCCUGGUGGUGACCUUGCCCAACGCCCGCACCUACCCGGCCACGCGGCUCCUGGAGUGGCUCGAGACGGCGGCGCAGAGCAACUUGGAGCUCCGCAGCUUGCCCAGCCUUUUGCACCCGGCCGAUGCCAGCUGGGGAAGUGUGGAGGAGAGUGCCAAGUAUGGUGUGGAGCCCGAGAUGCUGUUCAACAUGAAGCUUCCAGAUGGUUGGGUGCAACGCGUCAUUUGGGACGAGGACCCUGGCUUCAUUCGAUUCGUGCUCCUGCGUGAGCACAUGGCAUCAUCUCCAUGGCUGAGUGCAGCCACUGACGCGGAAGAAGAAGAACUUCCCGAGGACUUGUCCUGCUUCAAGAACCAGCCCGAGGAUGUGGACGUGGUGAGCUUCGAUCCGAUCAAGGCCUGCAACGACGUGAUGAAAGCUUGGGCAGCUGGCACCUCCUUGCUCCCUGCCAUGAGGCCAGCCGUGUACAUCCCCUUGGAGUCCUUCCCCAAGAACGCGGCGGGCAAGAUCGACCGUGCCGCCCUGCCGGAUGCCUGCGACGCGCUGAGCGCCACACUGACCACAGCGGAGGCGGAGUAUGAGCCACCCAGCACGGAGGACGAGAAGAAGAUGGUAGAGAUUUGGGAGAAGGUCCUGAAAGUGCAGGUGGGAGUGCAAACCCCUUUCGUGGCCUAUGGUGGUCACUCCUUGACCGCAGUGCAGCUUUGCUCCUCGGUCUUUGCCGCUUUCCACCGCAGGCCAGACUUGGUCUUCCUCAUGUCGGAGGACUGCACCGUCCGUGCACUUUUGGCCAAGCUGGAGGCAGAGUCGACCACGGCGGCACACGACGGCUGCGUGGUGCGCCUCAGUGGCCCCGAGCAACGAGGGCUGCCAAUGCUCAUCUUCACCGCAGCAGGGACUUCAGCUGCCACAUACUCCCAGGUGGCCGAGCGUGCGAGCCGUUUGCAACUCUAUGCCGUGGAGCUGCCGGGCCGGGGCCAACGGGCAGAGGAGGCGCCCAUUCCGCACUUUGAAAAGCUCUUCGAGAAUCUCAAGGCCGACGUCAUGCGCUGGGCCAGGAAGCAGAAGCGCUUCUUCGCCUGGGGCGACUCCUUGGGCGCCAUCUUGGCAUAUGAGUUCGCACGGCUUUGGCAGCGGGAUCCCGAGGCCAAGCUGCUGGGGCUCUUUUGCAGCGGCAACGCAGGGCCUCCAGAAGCCUCCUGUGAGCGAGGGAUGGGCGAAGCGGUGAUGGACCAUCUGAACCUGCAGGCGGAGUGCUGCGCAGAUAUGAGCACGGAGGAUUGGAAGAAGUUCCUUGUGGCGUCGGCAGGCAGCUCAGGCCCAGAACUCCAGGAACUGCUCGCUCGACCCAAACUGGUGGAUAGCAUCAUCGGCCCCUUGCGCGCCGAUUGCAUGGCCUAUGAAUCCUAUCGCUUGGACCGCGUGGACCUCAUCCACUCGCCGAUCAUCACCCUACGAGGUGGACAUGACGUGGUGACCUCCAAGGAGACCAUCCGCUCCUGGCAGCAGGUCAGCGGCAGCCGCUACGAGCACAAAGACUUCGGCCACUUCGGGCACCUCCUGGCGAGGGAGUGCCCCAACUUGCUGGCGGAACUCUUCGAAGAGUAUUCUCUCCCAGACUUCACCCAUGAGCUCAGGCACUUCGAGACCUUCCGGGCCGCCUACCGCCUCAUGCGCAGUGGAUCGACCACAAAGCGGGCGCCCAGUGCUCGACGGAUCCGCGGGGCAUCGCAGAAGGAGAUCCGGAAGAGCAUGCGCGUUUGCAGCCCCACUCUCGGGGCGGCUCAUGUGCCCAAGGACUUCGACUUGGGCUGCAUGGAGGUGGACCUGGUGGGUUUGGAUGCCAUCAUGCCACCCACCAAGGACCAGCGGGCCCGAUUUUUGCGAGGUGAAGCUGAUGCGCGUGGGCAACCUGACCUGGCGGAAAGGCGCAUCUACAGGCAAUGCAACUCGCUUGCCCUGAGCAUUUUCAAUUGCUCCCAGUUAGGUGAGAGCAGUUGUGCGUGCCAGAGAGCGGUGGCCAAAGCAGCGAAGAUCAAUCCACAGCUGUUCAGGCAGUACAGGCAUGAGCUGCUGUGGAUUUCGGACAUGUUCAAUGCCCACGACGAGGAGCAUGCUGGCUUUCUGGGGCAGUUUGAAGUCCGCCGCCUCAUGAAGUACAUGGGCCUGGAGCCCUACUCUCGCCACACCGCACCAGAGAUUGACCGUUUGAUCAGAGACGUGGACGAGAACCAUGACGACGAGAUUGAACUCAACGAGUUCCUGAACUUGCUGAGCCAUGCCCGUCGUUUCCAGAUGAAGUGGCGAAAGGUGCGGUUGCAGAGAUCCUUCUUGAGGCUGGAUUUGGACCCGAAUGGUUGCUUGGCCUUCGACCAAAUCGUUGCAGCCCUGGCACAGGACGGGCUGCUGCGCACGCGGGGUGAAUACGCCAUAGCCCAGAGACUGUUGGACGAGGAGUUCGAUCUGGGCUCCGUCUUCCGCAGCGCCGCCCGAGGUGAGGGCGAUGGCUCGAUCUCGCCGCGGAGCACCCGUAGCAUGCCGGUGCGGCGGAGGCAGCGGCUGCUUUUGAUGGAUGACCCUGGCAGUGUGGACUUUCAGGGCUUUAGCAUCAUCUACCAGCGCGUGUGGGAGCGCUUGGCUGCCCUCAAGGGUGAGCGCGUCACCCAGGCGGCCGAGGCCUUGAACUUCUCACUGAUCGAACUGUCCGACAUCCAGGCGGCCUUCGACCACUAUGACCGGGACUCGGAUGGCAUGCUGACGAGCACCCAGCUCGUGGAGGCCUUAAGGCCACUGCUCCCGCGGCUACCAGAGGAGCAGCAAUUGAGGAAACUGAUGCCGGCGCUGGAGGAGACCGAUGAGGACGAGGAAAGCUUCGUGGUCAUCGACAUAUUCGAGUUCAUGAAGCUGCUUCGGACAUUGACAGCUGGAUCGAGCCUGGUGCACUUGAACAAGCCGUUCUCCCUGGCAGAUGAUGUGCCCUUCGAGAAGCAGCAGGAGCUCAUGCAAGUCUGGCCGAUCUCAGAAAGCUACAUCCAGAGCCUCGAUGCAUCGGAGCUGGUCGAGAUGUUGAGCAACUUCUUAGGGGUCAAACCUGACCAGAACUUGCGGGACCUCAGUUACCCCAUCAGCAGCUUUCGGAAGUUGCGGGAGUUUGCCGUGCGUCAGGCUGAGCGAGCUCAAAACCACACACGCUUUUAA